AUUUAUAUAGAGGGGGAACGACAUCACUUAUCCACAACACAUUCAUUCACAUAAGGGAGAGCUACUUCCAGAGUGGAGUUAGGAACUCUGUUUUGGAACAUCACUUCUUCUUGCUGAUAUUUGCUUAGACAAGCUUUCAGAAAAGUUUGUACUAACUAGAGAACACAAUGAGCUUUUCCGCCUAUGUUCUUGGAGUGAUUCUCACUUUUUAUCAGAUUGGGAGGAAUCCCGCCAGUGCUGGAAUGUGCUGGCUGCAGCAGAGUCAAGACCAAAGGUGUGACAUGGUCCUGAUGAGAGGGGUGACCAGAGAGGAGUGCUGUGCCGGGGACCGCCUGGACACAGCGUGGUCCAACACCAGCCUGCCCAUGAAUGAGGUCAGCCUGCUGGGCUUCCUGGGAAUUGUUUCCUGUAAACCAUGCAAAGAGACUUGCGAGGGAGUCAAAUGUAGUCCUGGGAAGGUUUGCAAAAUGAAGAUGGGAAGGCCCCAGUGUGUGUGCUCUCCAGACUGCUCUCACAUUUCCCGGAAACAUGCUGUGUGUGGCAGCGAUGGAAAAUCAUAUAUGGAUGAGUGUACCCUGCUGAUGGCCCGCUGCAUGGGCCACCCAGACCUGGAGGUCAUGUACCAAGGAGAGUGCAAAAAGUCAUGCUCCAAUGUGGUGUGUCCAGGUACCCACACCUGUGUGACUGACCAGACCAACAGUGCUCACUGUGUUAUGUGCCGCACGACCCCUUGCCCAAUACCCAUGCUGUCUGAGCAGGCAAUCUGUGGUAAUGACAACAUCACUUACCCCAGUGCCUGCCACCUCCGCCGGGCCACCUGCUUCCUCGGCCGCUCCAUAGGUGUACGCCACUACGGCCACUGCAACACUCUUGACUCUCUGUUUUUGUCCAGAUCCCCCUCGGAAAUCUCACAAUUUGGAAGGCAGUGAGGAAAACGCAGUUUAGACGGAUGACUCCGAACAGAGUCCUUUUUCAAGAGAUGAGUUCAUCAACAAACGUUUCCGAGUGUUACACCACUAGCUUCCCAUGAUGACCUCUUUUCAUGACAAUCACCCCCCCCCCCCCCUCCUUUGUGCACAGAAUGGCAAUAUGUUUGAUAUGGAUAGAAAACCUCUGUUGGAUUACAUACACUCCUUUAACUGCCUCAAAAAAAAGCUACAAAAACCUGUGAGCAAUUUGUGUUAAUCUUGUGUUGGUCCUGGAAACAGAGGCAGGUGAACAAAUGUGUCUCGACAUAGAAGCUCUCGAAGCUUUGGGAGAUGUGUGCAUAUUGUAAAUAGAAUACCACUACUAUUUAUUGGAGAAGGUAUCAAACUCUAUUUAUGUUUUUAUCCUAGCAACAAAUCCAUAUACCCCUUGGAAAGCUGAUGCAAAAAAAAAAAAAAAAAAGUAUUUAUUGUGUUUUUUUUUUUUUUCUUUAUUGUGUACAAUAGUGGUCACUGGCAUUGGCAUUUUACAACAGUUUUUACAGUCUCCAUUCCCCACAAACAAGCAGUUGCUCCUCAUAAGCUGAUGGAGAGCUACACUAAUUUGUUUGGAAAGUUGAUACCACUUCAUAGCCUGCCAAUGUGGUUUCAGUUCACCACAAACAAGAACAGGACAACGACAGUUGUACUCUGUGUAUUAUAGCUUUUGUCUGGAGGUGAGGAAGGGGUUCAGCCUAAACAAACCUGUAUAGUCUCUCUCUCUCCCCACACAUGUUUACUUUAGAUCUUGAUCCAACCACUCAGCCACCCGCUGAUCACUAAAAUGAUCAGUUUGGUUGUGUUUGUAGGAGUCUCAGAAGGCUGUUGGUACAACCCCAAAUCCCUCUACAAUACCUCCUCUGUUGAAUGCUUGGCUUUGUUUUCUUAAUGCAUUUCAUAGGCUGUGCUAGUUUAUUCCGUUGCUGUUUUGCUGCUUUGAUUUGAUUUGACUUUUUUAAAAGAACUUGCUGGACAGACAAAUGUAAUCAGUAUCAUCCAAUUACAAGGAAAUUAAAUUUGUCUGCGAAUAGACCUCAGUUUAGGCUAACUGAACAUACUUGAUUACACUGCAGCCAGAGGUGAGUCAAUCAUUGGUAAUUCUGGUCAAUUUCGACACAAAUGACUUAUUUUAAAUAGUCAAGUGAUCUAACUAAAUAUUUCAACUGAAAGCAGAUGUUUGAAAUGCUCAGUAAUCUUUUCAGUUUGUCACGGAACAAUUCAACGACUCUCUUGUAAAUAACAGUCUCAUAUGUACCUACCUGUGUACUUACUGUGAAGUUUGAAUGAUGAAUGCAUCAACAUAUUUUUGUAUUUUUGUACUGCCAUUCAAAACAACAUAAAGUUUAAUAUUUGUCA